AGCAUGACCCAACUUGAGACUGAGAAAGCUUCGUCCGUACCCAGUGAGUACCACAUGUGCUUGGCAAAUCCUCAGCGCUAAUAGUUGCAAGUAUCCAUGUUCAGAGCCCAAGCCGGUCACCUCGGUAUACAGGUCUUAGCCGAAUCGUGCCAGGCCACUGAAGUUAGAGGUAGUAAAAACGGCGAUGACGAUGAUGCCGCAUGCUCUCAGGAUGAGGAUGUUGAAACGGCCGAAAGAAUUAUUUCUCCGAGCCAUGACCCAAGAGAAAAUGAGGACCCCAUGAUACCUGUCCUAGAAUCUGCUGUCGACGCAGGAGUGCUGGCGUUAGAAAAUCUACAGCGCGUCUUCGAUAAAUCUGAUGUCUGGUUGGGCGACACUAACUGGAAAAACGACAUUAAAUUGGUACUUUCGUUUUCUCAGACGGAAAAAGUGAUUAUCGGGGUUGUUGGCAGCACUGGUGUCGGCAAGUCGUCUCUCAUCAAUGCCAUCGCUGAUGAAGAAAAUAUACUCGCAACAAACUGCAUGCGUGCCUCCACUGCAGUGGCAACAGAGCUGUCAUACAACGAUGGAGAAUUCGGGUACAAAGCACGCAUUGAAUUCAUCCAACGCAGCGAGUGGGAACACGAACUACGCAUCCUUUUUAAAGAGCUCUGCGACAGCUUGGUGGAUGCCAAAAGAGAGAACGUUCCAAAGGAUUCUAAUGCUGGUGUUGCACUUGACAAGAUUAAAGCUGUGUACCCUUCACUGGAAGUGGAAAACAUUACGAACACAUCGGUUGAAAAGCUCUUGGAAGAUCCCAACGUUUUAAGUCUGCUUGGGAGUACCUUGAUCUUUGAAGAGAACAACCCCCGAGUCUUCUCUCGGAGACUAAAGUCUUACAUCGAUAGUAAAGGCAAAAAUCGCGGCUCGAAGAAUGCUUCACAGAGGGGAAGCGAUAUAGGGCUCUGGCCGCUUAUUCGCGUGGUUCGAAUUUAUGUCAAAGCAAAGGCACUGUCUACCGGCGCUGUCCUUGUCGACUUGCCCGGUAUCUUUGACUCUAAUGCUGCGCGUGUGGCUGUCGCAGAAGACUAUAUGAAACGUUGCUCAGCUCAUUGGGUUGUCUCGCCUAUUAAUCGAGCCGUGGAUGAUAAAGUUGCUCAUGACCUUCUAGGACAGAACUUCAAGAUGCAGAUGCACAUGGACUGUGCUUUCAAUAACAUCACCUUUAUAUGCACCAAGACAGAUGAUAUCUCUGUAAGUGAAGUACAGGACUCUCUAAGACUGGCGCUGCCGUCAGUGCAGAAGCGUGAAUAUCAAGAUAAACUAUGUGCUCAGCUACGAAUCGAGGUGAAUGAGCUUGAAAAGAGGAAAGACCGUGUUAUGGAUGAUAUUGGCUCUAUUGCUGACGAGAUCGAGGAGCUCGAGGCUAAUCUGUCCAAUGAAGAGUCCCAUUUGAGCCAGUUCAAUAAUAUACCCAACAAAGAAAAGAUUCCCAGCGAGGUUGAGGGAAGCGAAGCGACCGGCUCUAAUGAGAAUAAUAAUGCAACAGCUCCUGUUGAUAGCUCCGACACUGAAGUGCAAAAGUUGAGUUGCUCUGAAACUGAAGACCGGACGAGGCAGCUUCAGGCUCUUAAAGCCGAGAGGAAGCAACUUGAGCAUCAGAGACGUCAACUCACUCAACAUAUCAAAAGUCAAAAAGCAGAAUCCAAGCGGCUUGAACAAGAAUCCGAAAAUAUGAAAAUAGAUAUUAUCCGAGAGUGCAUCAACGCUAGGAAUAUCUACUCCAAGGAUGAGAUCAAAAAGGACUUUGCAUGCGGCAUCCGCGAGCUAGAUCAGGAGCUUCAAGAGGAUGAAGAUGAGACAGCGAUUUCUGGCACAGCUUUGCCAGUUAGAGACUAUGAAAACCUGGCGAACGAACUUCCUGUGUUCUGCGUGUCCACAAAGGCAUACCAAAAGCUUUGCGGUAGACUUCGGAAGGAAGUCCAUCUGACUGGUUUUACAAAGCUGGAGGAUACUGAAAUACCCCAGUUACAGCGCCAUUGCAUAAGUUUGACCGAAAAGGCAAGGGAGGUAUCGGCACUGCGAUUUUUAGCUCAGUUGAAGAGACUGUUCCAGUCGAUAUCACUAUGGUCGCUAGCGACUAGUCCGGCACAUAUAAUGUCAGAUGAGAAGAUACGAGAAUUGGAAACCGGAUUCAACUUAGCCGUGGAUAAGUUAAGAAAGGUAUGCUUCCUAUUCAGACAACCUGGAAAAUUUACUCAGCCCAUUAGGCUAUGAAAAAGCAUGUUUGCGAGCGCUCUGAUGCACUUGUCGAAACAUUUGAAGUGAACAUCGUCAAUCGACUUGGUAUGUUACUCCAUCAAUGCACUUUGCCCCCAUCUGACAGAUGCGAAUAACGUAGACCGAGCAAUAAAACAUGGCUGUGUGGAAUUUCCUCGCAUAAUAUCUCAAUGGAAUGCACCCCGGACCGAAGGAGGUCUUGCGUUUAAUACGUACCAAGCCAUUUGUCGUCGUCGAGGAGUAUUCAAGGAGCGAGACUGGAACCAAGAACUGUAUGUAAAGUGAUGCCGUCUUUUUUGUUAUUCUGGACCGUACUCACAUUACAGCAGAGCCAAUCCUUUGUUAGACAAGAUUGUCGGCGGUUGGACAAGAACAUUUUGUGUGAAAGUCCCUCUACAGCUCAAUGAGUUUGCUGUCAGCUUGGAAGGCAGCCUACAGGAGUUUCACAGCACAGCAAUUACCCUCGCGGAUAGAAGUGCCCCCACCGACAAGAAUACUGGGAUGCCGGAAGUGAUGCUAAGUACCUAUUGUAAAACCCUAGGGCAUGAGCUCAAGCAGGUGGAAGCAUCAAUAAAGUCCGAGCAAAAAGAAUUGAAUAGAAUAUUUGCCAAGACGAUUGAGGCAGAGCUACACCAGGCGUAUCAAGACUGUGCGGAACAAUCUGGUAAGUUCUCAGUUUUU